AUGUCAAACCCGACUGGCCUGCCUCUCACCGGAAGGGCGCUGCCUGCCCUCCCAGACCGGAUCAGCACUGUUGCCCUCACAAACGAAGAACGGUUCAAUGUUCCAUCAGUCGAGCGACAGAGCUUUUUCAUCACGCUCGCGUCAAUUAUUGGGCGACAGGGACUGCCUACCCAGCUAUGGGCGGUGCUUCACAUUUGUGACAUCCGGAAGCUCGAAUGGAUUGUCCAACUUGCGAACCUUUCGGCGAUCUUUUCGGAGGCAUUCCGUAACAUUUCAACUGGUUUUCCCUUCAAUUGGACUUUCCUGCCACCUCUCGACAAGACAACGUUUUCAGAGAUUCCGCCGCCGGCAGACGCUCUCAGCAGCUGGCGCGCAGGCUAUUCCCGGAGGGCAAUCUGGGAUGCCAAACAAAGAGAUGGUUCGCACUGCGUCCUGACAGGCAACAGCAAGAGCUAUGACGCGGUUCCGAUUUUCCCCAGCUUUACUGGAAAGUCGCGCCUUUCGUAUGAUCAGUCGAUCCCCGAUUUUUGGAAAUACGUCGAUGUAUUUUGGGGACAUGCCACCGCCGAACGAUGGGAAAAGGCGGCCUUUGAAAACCCAAAUGAUCCCCACGCCCCUGUCAAUGAUUGCACAAACAUGAUCUGUCUUCGAAAGGACCUUCGUGCGGCUUGGUUGGAUGCGCUGUUCGUGCUGCGCCCGGUUUCCCUUUCCACCGACAAGACCGAGAUGAUCAUCGAAUUUUAUUGGCAGCCCCAGUACGCACACAAAUCGUUUGAGAACAUUCCGACUACCACACGAGCUCUGUCGUCCGAACGUCUCAUUGGCAUGAACGGGAUGGUUGUGAUGGUGGGAGAGGGGGACCAAAGACGGCCCAUCGAAUCGGGUUACCGAUUCAAGAUGGCGACCCAUAACCCCGAGACUCACCCGCUUCCGAGCUGGGAGCUUCUUGAUAUGCAAUGGCAUCUGACCCGCAUCGUUGCCAUGUGCUCCGCGGCCCGUUACAAGAAUAACGAGUGUGACUCUGAUGACUCGGACGACAGCGACCCCGAAAUAGCUGUCGCGUCGCGUCGCGGAAAUGCCUCACCUCGCGCAAAUGCACCGCCCCGUGCAUAUAGAUCGCCUCGCGGAAGUGUGUCCCCUUCCCUCCCGCGCACGUCUUCGUAUGUGUUUGGAAGGCCCCUUUCUCCUGUGGAGGAAGAGGAAGAAUAUGUCGAGGAUCUCGAUUUAGGCAGAGAUUCAACCGGUCCGUUGCCAGGGCCCGAGAGCGAUCAGCCACGCAGUGGUUAA